ACCUGACUUAUUGCCGAGGCACUGAUACCCAUCGCACCGUACCGACCAUACAGUAGUCUAGUCUACGUGGAAGAUAAUAAGAUAGAUAGUUUUUCAUACUAGUACCGGUACCGUAAGCGUUGUUGAAUGAUUGCAUGAACUUGCCGAGCAUCCUGAGUAUCGAAGAGGAGGAGGCAUCGGGCCCAUCCACACCGCGACGAGGACAUAAUAGAGUCGACAACGACGACGACGAAAAAGAGGAGGAGGAGGAAGUCACUGUGGCUAGUACAACUGCUAGUACUGUUGACAGUUCUGCUGCCUAUUGCUUCGGUUGGAGGACACUUCAUCGGAAUAAUAAAAAGGGGAAAGCCAUCGAGGAAAACGAAAUGUGGCGCAAAAGAACCAAACGGGCGAAUGUACCCAGUUUGAACAUUACCACCAUCAACACCAAUGGACCGCCACAAACACCACAAGAGACGCCUCAACAACAACAUCAUCAGCAUCAUCAUCAUCACCAGCAAGAACAACAGCAUCGUUCCUCACGUCCUAGUAAUGGUAGCAGUAGUCAAGCACCACAUGCGAUUGCAAAUACGAACCACAACAACCACCACCACAAUACGCAACGAAGUAAGAACAACACGGGAACGCUUCGUUCCAGCCUGCUGGACUUGAAAGUUGUCUUGAAGUGGAAAGAUAAUGACGGUGGUGGUGGAGAAGCUAGAUGUCUCCGCAAAGAGUACGACGUUUACUCUCAAAACUUGGCCCACUUGAGCAGGUUUAUCGAUCGCACCUUGUCUUCGUCCAACUCAUCGCUACUUGACAAAGUGGAUCAGUUCCGUUUGACUCCUUCCUUAUUGACUGCUACCACGGAAGAUACAAGCACGUAUGCACCACUCGCGGGAGUAAACGUACCAUCUCAUGAUUCCCAACAAUCUACAUCCUCCUCACAACAUCGAGAAGUGGUUCUAGACGAAGUGACACCGCACGUCUUUGAAACCGCCCUAAAGUACGAAAUGGAUUCCGUCGCCAUUCGAUCCAUGACCCCGGAAGACGUCCUCGAGGUGGUCGACUUUUAUCACAAGUACGAAUUCCACGAAGGAUUGCGUCUCUGUGAUGCCGUCGUGCUAGAGUACUUUGUCCAGCACCUCCAGCAUGAUCAUUGGACGCCACCCACCAAUCUAGAUUUGCUCGUCGAUACUGCAAUCAUGUCCUACCGGCUCAAUCUAAAGAAUUCCAAGGACUAUGCCCUACGCUAUUUGCAGUCCAAGUUGCACUUUCAGCCAUCUCCCUUUGGCCCCUCCAUGUUUACCGUGGAUCACAUUCGUCUCUUGCAUCCGCUCUUUCGACAGGGUAUCUUGACGUUGGUAGACGACAACAGCAGCAAUAACGACAGCAACGAAAAGGAUCCGCAAAAACAGCCCAUUCGACUGACCAAGGAAGAGAUCGAUUCACCCCUGUUUCCACGAUUCUUUGUCACCAUGGUGGCACAUAAACAAUGCAGUCAACAAUUAUUGCCCCGGGUCGUUUACUUGGAAGGGACGGAAUCGCCAUCUUCCUCCGACAACCACGAGACAGCUUCUUCGAUCAAACUCGUGUUUCAAACUGAUGGGUACUAUCCCACGCGACAACAUGAAACGUUGGGGAUCAAAAAGAGCGUGUUGUGUGAUAAUGAUUGGGCCAUUGUCACCAUGGCAUUUGAUCCCAAACCACAACGCCAAAACAAUAGCAGUAGCAAGAAGAAUCAGCAGCGACCAGCUCCUUUGGGCAUGAUUGUCUAUUGGAAGUGUCCCUACAGUCGCUCCUUGGCCAUUCCACCUCUCGAGCCGUGGAUCCCCGUGCACAGUCGGGCCAUGGGAAAGUCGCCCCGGGUAACAUACUGUUACGACAACAAUUCGUCGUCACGUCACUCGCUCUUGGAUAAUGACUGAUAGGCACGAAGAAACAUAUAACGAAAGACAUGCUGAGCGGGGACAAGGAUGGAGUGCGCUUGGGAUGAUGAUGAUGAAAUCGGAAUGAACGGGGAUUGGAGUGUGUUUGUUCCGUUUUUUGUGGUGUUGUGAUUAUUACUACAUGUAAAAUUCGAUGCGGGUUGGGUGGGAGUUGGGUGCUACACUCUAACUGCGCUCCGAAUGGAUGAAUGAUUUGCUCCUCAGUCGCCUAAAACUAGUAUACAUUUAUUUAUCUAUCGUUCUUUCUUGGUCGCGAUUGAACCGAGCUAGCAAAUAGAUUGCAACUGCCUGACGUAGCUCCCGAACGCCAAGGUAACAUUCAUUAUUACAUGUACUUCCCUGAUUUAUAGUACAAGUCUUCGUCUACUUUGUGGCUGCUGUUGCGUUUUGUGGUAUCCGCGCUUGUUGUAGCUGCGAGUAGACACGAUGAGCGGCACCGACGGCUCCCUCCAUGACUCCCGGCGAUUGCAAAUCCGUUUCACUGCCGGCAAAGAGCAAUUGUCCGUCCCACUCUGGUUGGGACAAGACCCGGACCGGAUGGGGAUGUGGAUGAAUGGUGUUGGGUUUUUCGUCUUCGGAAAUGUACGGUUCUCGCGGCCAUUGCUGUACAUGGACUUGUGUAUAGGAUUGGAGGCCUUGCGCCAUUUCGAAUUGACCGUAAUGCUUCCACACCAUGGCCACUUGAUUGACAAUCUGAUCGGCCAAGGCUUGGUCAUUCGUGUUGGCGUCGGGUGGCACUAAGCAAAAGAAUGUCAAUGCAUGAACCGAACCAUCCAUGGUGGAUGCGUCGUACAUUUGAAAGGCUGGUCCCACAUGGCUGCGAGGCAAGCCCAUAUUGGACAUGUCCUGGCCCCAAAAGGCUGUGGAAUAUUCCAAUGACACUUUGGUGACACCCGCCAUCCAGGUAUGACUCGAGCUCAUGGCAGAUUGCUUUGGGGCGGUGAGAGGUGGACUGAAUUGAAUGUGUUUGGAAGCCAAUCGGGGUGGUACUGCCAGUACCACGGUCUUGGCGACAAAGCUGUGGCCUGUCUUGGUACCCACUCGAAUGAGUCUAUUGUUGUUUUCAGCACAUUGUUGUUCAUUCUCAUUACUCGUCAAUGUCAACACGGUGCACUGUUCCACGGGAGAGUCAAGAUGGAUUUGAUCCUUGGGAAGCUGUUUUGCCAACUGGUGGAUCAUUUCAACGGCUCCACCGUCAAUGCGUGUCGACGAAGGAUCAUCCGGUUGCAAAAAUGUCUUGAUUGAGGGAAGAUCCUUCUUGAGCAGUGCCUUCAUGUGGGGUUGAUGACUGGGCCAAACCCAGGCACCACCCAAGUCAAUCAGACGACCCUUGUCAUCGUUGGCCAAUCGUCCUCCCAGCACGGAGCGGGCUUCCAGCAGAGCCCACUUGGUGGCAGGAUUGGCCUUGUGAAUCUUGUGUGCCAACAAGACGCCAGAAAGACCCCCGCCAAUAAUCAGAACAUCCAAGGGCUCUUCGGGAUUCUUGUUGCUGCUGCUGAUACUCAUGGCUCUUGUAGUAGUACUGAAUCUAUCCUGGGAUAUUAGUAGUGUCAGAAAGGGUAUCCUUCUGGAAAGUCGCAUGGAUUGCUUGCUGGAUGGCUUUUCUUCUUUUGUGUUUGCUGUUUUAUGAGCUUGGUUUGACGUCUUGGAU